AUGGCUGCCAUGAGUACAGAUGUGAUAGCAACAAAAACUUGUGAUUGUAAUACAAAUCGCUCUUUGGAUAUUACUACUCCUAGAAAUGUACAUCUUUCUGCUUUUUACAAAAGGAGUUUCGCCUAUUACACUGUGAAACUUCGGAUGCCCGUUAUUUUAACAAAUUUAAUAGAUAAUUUAGUAAGAAAUAAGAAACAAAUCAUUGAAAGAUUUGGAGAGGGGACUCAAGAAGAAUUGAAACAAAUAAUUGGAGAAAUAUCUCAAUUUAAAUAUGAAGUUCAAACUAACAAACCAUUAAAACUGUUAAUAGAAGACAAGUUAUUAGGUACAUCACCACCAGAUGUAAAAAUUUACAAUGAAUAUAUACAAAAACAAGAAACACUUGAAGGCCAUGCCACUCAUUUCCACACUAUUUGGCUGUUAACAGAAUGUUACAUGUAUAGAAGAAUUUGGCAAUCAUUUCAGACAAAAUAUUGUCUAAAAAACUUUGAUCCAUUUGAAAAUCAGAAACAACAAUCUUUUGCAUCUUCCUUACCAUUAAUAGAAAAAAUGGGAGAAUAUUUAAUUCGGCUUCUAGACCACGAGGCAGAGAAAACAGAAUUUAUUCAGUUAUUGAAGUUGAAUUUGUGGGGUAAUAAAUGUGAUUUGUCAUUAUCAUUAGGCAAAGUAGGAGAUGAUAAUUCACUUUUUGAUACAGAAGUAAUGAAUCCUUUUAUACUAUGUGAUGAAUCUGAAAAAAUAUGGAAUCUUAUGAUAAGUGAAUCAUCAUCUGAAAUAAUAGAUAUUGUAUUUGAUAACGCAGGUUAUGAAGUUUUUACAGAUCUUUGCUUAGCUGACUAUAUAAUUACAUGUAAAAUGGCAAAAUUAGUUCGACUCUAUGUAAAAGCCAUACCAUGGUUUAUCUCCGAUGUUAUGAAACAUGACUUUUUUUGGAUGUUAGAUCAAUUAAAGAACAGUUCAAAUGAAAAUCUCAAAAAGAUCGGUCACAGGUGGGCUGAUCACAUUUCUAAUAAAAAAUGGACUAUACAUAUCUCUGAUUUUUGGACUCUACCAUUCGACUACACUCAUAUGCCCAAAGUAGAUCCGGAUUUGUAUAAACAGUUAGCUCAAGCGAAAGCUGUGUUUUUCAAAGGAGAUUUGAAUUAUAGAAAAUUAUUUGGAGAACUAAAUUGGGACCCCACAACGCCUGUCGAUCAAGGCCUUCAAAAUUUUAACCCCACAAAUUUAUGCAUCAUGAGAACCAUUAAAGCUGAUAUUGUUUGUGGUAUUCGUAAGGGCAUAGCAGAAGAACUUUCAGCCAAAGAUGAAAAAUGGAUGGAAAAGGGGGAAUAUGGACUCAUUCAAUUUUCAAAUAAAAUUGUUUCUAUUGAUUAA